GCAGGCUUCUGGGGCUGCUUCCAUUUCCCCCUCACGAAAUAGUAUAAAUACGCACUAAAACACACAGCACACACGCAUUGUUGGUGUUCGAAUUGAAAAUUUGAUUUCAUAGAAUUUCGUGUGAUUGAAGCCGCCUAUCGUGCCACAGUUGUUUCAUUGGGAGCCAAUUAUUGCAAUGGAGGCGCCUACGGGAGCUGAGCCACAAGCUCAGCCGGAGGCGUCCGCCCCGGCAGCGGCGGAGGGGGUUGAGGAGCGGCAGGAGGAGGAUGAGAACGACCUUUUGAUGGCCAAGGCGCAGUCGUUGAUGGAUAAGAUCAUUGCGCGCCGUGAGAAUCCUAACCCCGACUUUCUCCAUGCCCUCGCCACCAUUCUGGAGACUCAGGAAUCCAGCUACAUGGAAGGCACGGAUCAAUCUUCGACAAGUAAUGGCAGGUCUUCUCAUAAUAUUGGGCGACUUGGAAAUCUUAUUCGGGAGAACGACGAAUUUUUUGAGUUGAUAACUUCCAAAUUUCUAGCUGAAGGAAGAGGUUCAGUACCGUUACAGGCAGCUACUACAAGGCUUCUUUUCAGUUGUUCGCUAACUUGGAUGUAUCCACAUGUAUUUGAAGAUAACGUCCUAGCUAACUUAAGAGGGUGGGUGAUGGAGGAGAUUCCUCGCUCAUCCGGUGAUGACCGUCAGGGGAAAAGAAAAUCGUCAGAUUUUGAAAUGUUACAAACAUACUCUACUGCUCUUCUUGCUGUAUGCUUGCCCUGUGUUGGUCAUCUUGUGGAAGAUGUCUUAACAUCUGGAAUAUCAGCUAAGCUAAUGCGAUAUUUACGAGUUCGAGUUUUAGGUGAUACGAGCACAAAUCAGAAAGAUGGCAAUAUAUCAGUAGACAACAAAAGUGCACCAACCAUCACCUUCCCUAAAAUGAAAGAGGAAGGUAGGAGUAGGUCGCGGCUAGCGAUAGAGGCUUCUCACUUGGAUGCAGACACUUCAAGAAUGCAUAGUGAUAAGGAUCAUGAUCGAAAUGCUUCCCUAUUGGAUGAAUGUGGGAUUGAUGAGGAGUCCCCUGAUAGUAUGGUUCUUGAGGUUGAUGGUUAUGAACCAGAAGCAGACGGUGAAGAAAAAUGCAAUAUUAGAGAUUUUCGCGAGUCAAAAACAAAACUUUGUGGAAGAUCUCAUAGGGAAGAAGAUGUUGAAGAAAAUAUGAGAGAUGACUCUUCCAGACGAAAAACAAAUCGUGGAUUUUCCAGAACACGAGGAAAGGUUAGGUCAAGCGAAGGAUUAUCUGAGAGUGAGCAAGCUAUGAUCUCCCCAACUUCUGGCAGUAGGUCAGGGCAGGCACGGAGUGGAGCUAGAAAUCAGGAUCUAAGAAGAUUUUCAGACUCUAAAAAGAGUCUAGGAACAAAUUAUGUUGAUACUUUCAUCCCUCAGAGAGAAGACAAUGAUGAUUGCUUCCAGAACUGCAAAGUUGGAAACAAAGACAUCACCGAUUUGGUUAAAAAAGCUGUAAAAGCUGCUGAAGCUGAAGCAAGAGCAGCCAAUGCUCCUGCUGAAGCCAUACGGGCUGCUGGUGAUGAUGCUGCUGAAGUGGUUAAAACUGCUGCUUUGGAGGAGUACAAUAAGACAAGUGAUGAAGAGGCUGCUGUGCUUGCUGCUUCUAGAGCUGCCUCUACUGUCAUAGAUGCUGGUAAUGCAGUUCCUGCUCCGAGAGAUUCAAGCAAUGUUGAUAGUGAUUCAGGGGAUUCAAAGGCUACAGAUGCAGAUUUGAGUGAAAUUGUUUCUGAAGUCUCAAUACCAGACAACCACUCUCUUGCGAAGCUAAGGGAAAAGUUCUGUAUCCAGUGCCUUGUAGUGCUGGGAGAGUAUGUUGAAGUUCUUGGUCCUAUGCUCCAUGAGAAGGGGGUUGAUGUUUCUCUUGCAUUAAUUCAGCGAAGUCUGAAGCACAAAGAGGCAUCAACUGGUAUGCGUCUUUUGCCCGAUAUUUUGAAAUUGAUUUGUGCCUUGGCUGCUCAUCGUAAGUUUGCUGCGUUAUUCGUGGAUCGUGGUGGCAUGCAAAGACUGCUUGCUGUUCCUAGAAUUGCGCUGACAUAUCUUGGCUUGUCAUCCUGCUUAUCAACAAUAGGUUCAAUCCAGGGGAUAAUGGAGCGUGUUUGUGCCCUACCUUCAGAUGUAAUCAGUCAGAUUGUUGAAUUGGCUCUACAACUUAUUGAGUGUUCACAAGAUCAUCAAGCCCGAAAGAAUGCAGCAUCGUUUUUUGCUGCCACUUUUGUCUUCAGAGCCAUCAUUGAUGCAUUUGAUUCACAUGAUGGUUUGCAGAGACUAAUGUCUCUUUUGCGUGAUGCUGCCUCGGUAAGAUCCGGGGUUUCUACUGGGCAAUCAAGUAACUCAGGAUCUCUUCGAAAUGAUCGGUCCACUGGAGAUGUACUGACCUCUUCAGAGAAAAACAUAGCUUAUCAGACCUGUAUAACACUGCUUCAAUAUUUCAGAGCACAUUUCCUUUUGCUUGUGGAUUCGGUAAGACCUAUGAAAAAUAUUCGAAGUGUGCCUAGAAACAUUUCUAGGGCAGCAAACAAGCCACUGGACAUAAGCAAUGAGGCAAUGGAUGCUGUUUUCCGGCAAAUACAGAAGGAUCGGAAGCUGGGCCCUGCGCUUGCAAAGGCACGUUGGCCUGUAGUUGACAAAUUUUUGCUAUCAAAUGGUCAUACCAUUAUGUUGGAGUUGUGUCAGGCCCCACCAGUAGAGCGCUAUUUGCGUGAUUUGCUUCAGUACGCCCUUGGUGUGCUGCAGAUUGUAACUUUGGUACCUUAUAGCCGCAAGCCUAUUCUAAAUGCCACUUUAAGCAAUGACCGAGUGGGUAUAGCUGUCAUCUUGGAUGCUGCAAAUGGCGCUGGCUAUGUUGAACCCGAGAUUGUUGAGCCAGCAUUGAACCUUUUGAUCAAUCUCGUUUGCCCCCCACCAUCGAUCAGCAACAAACCAAGCUCUAACAUGCAAGGACAACAUGCUUAUUCUAGCCAAACUGGAAAUGGUUCUGCUGUGGAGCCCAGGGAAAAAAAUGGCGAAAGGAACAUUAUGGAACGAUCAGUCAAUGUUCCUGUUCAGAAUGAACUAAGGGAACGAAAUGGAGAACCUGCUUCUGUGGACAGAGGUGGCUCAGUAGCUCCAUCACCUUCACCAGUGGCUUCUGGCCUAGUCGGAGAUCGAAGGAUAUCGUUAGGUGCUGGAGCAGGUGGUGCUGGGCUUGCUGCACAACUGGAACAAUGCUAUAGGCAAGCCAGAGAAGCUGUUCGUGCAAACAACGGUAUCAAGGUUCUUCUUCAGCUUCUUCAACCAAGGAUGGUAACAUCUCCUGCUGCUCUUGAUUGUCUUCGUGCUCUAACAUGCCGAGUUCUUCUUGGUUUGGCCAGAGAUGACACAAUUGCUCAUAUAUUAACAAAGCUUCAGAUAGGGAAAAAACUCUCAGAGCUUAUUCGGGAUUCAGGGGGCCAAUCUGCUGGAGGUGAGCAAAACAGGUGGCAGGCAGAGCUCGCUCAAGUGACUUUUGAGCUGAUUGGAGUUGUAACUAAUUCUGGGCGUGCGAGUACUUUAGCAGCCAGUGAUGCUGCCAUGCCAACCUUGAGGCGUAUAGAAAGAGCUGCCAUAGCUGCUGCUACUCCCAUUUCUUAUCAUUCUAGGGAACUUUUGCUGUUGAUGCACGAACACCUUCAAGCAUCUGGUUUAGCAGAAAGUGCAGCUACCCUUCUUAAAGAGGCUAAGUUAACACCCUUGCCAUCAUUAGCUGCUCCUUCAUCUUUAGCACAUCAAGCCACUGGACAAGAAGCUUCUGCAAUACAAAUUCAAUGGCCAUCAGCUCGUGCCGCUUGCGGAUUCUUGUCAGAUAAAUCAAAAAAUACGUUUCAUCGGGAAGAUUCCAGUUUCAGAUCUGAUUCAGCUUAUGCUUCUUCAAAGAAGAAAACAUUUCAAUCAUCAGCUUCUCAUAGUCGCUCAAAAGUUCCACCCAAACCAGAGGAUAGUCCAGUAGUGUCAAGCAGCAAAAUAAAUUUCAAUUUAGAACAAGCCUCUUUAGCUGCAGAUGGUGUGGGGACUCCAUUACUGUCUGUUCCAAAAUUUGGUGGUGAUGCAGAUUCUCAGAUUAGAACCCCAAUAGUGUUGCCAAUGAAACGCAAAUUGACAGACUUGAAAGAAAGUGUGUUGGGCUCAUCAGCAAAACGACUUAACACUGGUGAACAAUCACUUAGAUCUCCUUGUUUCACCACACCUAAUACUUCUCGAAGAGGUAGUCUUUAUUCUGAUGCAGCUCUGUUCUGCACACCGAUCUCUACUCCGAGGGAGUAUCAAAGUAGGGAUAUUGAUGAAAAUCAGUUGACUGGUCUGGCUUCUUCCUCCCAAUUGCUCAGUGAUCCACAACCUUCUGGCUCUGAACGGCUUACCCUGGAUUCUCUUGUUGUCCAGUACUUAAAGCACCAGCAUCGUCAAUGUUCUGCACCAAUUACAACUUUACCUCCUCUUUCACUCUUGCAACCCCAUGUUUGUCCAGAACCAAAAAGAAGUCUUGAUGCUCCAUCAAAUGUCACGUCCCGUCUUAGCAACCGGGAAUUUAGAAGAAAGGAUGGGGCAAUUCAUGGACUUCGAAAGGAUCGCCAGUUUGUUUAUAGUAGAUUCAGGCCAUGGAGAAGUUGCCGUGAUGACACUAGUUCACUAUUAACAUGCAUUGCAUUCCUAGGAGAUUCUUCUCGGAUUGCGGCUGGUGGGCAUACUGGGGAUCUGAAAGUGUUCGACUCUAACAGCAACAUUGUAUUGGACAGUUGUACAAGUCAUCAGUCUCCUCUUACACUUCUGCAGUCUCACUUUUCUGGCGACAAUCAGCUUAUACUUUCUUCAAGUUCAAUGGAUGUUCGCCUAUGGAAUGCGUCUUUGGUAUCUGCUGGUCCCAAGCACUCAUUUGAUGGAAUCAAAGCUGCUAAAUUUAGUAAUUCAGGUGGAAUGUUUGCAGCACUAAGAUCAGAUUCAUCACGCCGUGAGAUUCUUUUGUAUGAUAUUCACACGUGUCAGUUGGACUUGAUGUUGUCUGAUACAUCUACCAACGUUUCUGGUCGUGGGCAUGCGUAUUCUCUAGCUCAUUUUAGCCCAUCCGACUCUAUGUUGCUUUGGAAUGGAGUUUUGUGGGAUCGAAGGGUUUCAGGUCCAAUUCAUCGGUUUGAUCUAUUUACAGAUUACGGUGGGGGCGGCUUUCAUCCUGCUGGGAAUGAGGUAAUUAUAAACUCUGAGGUUUGGGAUCUUCGAAAGUUGAGGCUGCUUCGGAGCGUGCCAUCGCUGGAUCAAACAACGAUUACAUUUAAUGGUAGUGGUGAUGUCAUCUAUGGCAUUCUGAGGAGAAAUCUCGAGGAUGUCACAUCAGCUUUCAACACUCGCCGUGUGAAGCACCCUCUUUUCUCUGCUUUCCGCACUGUGGAUGCUGUCAAUUAUUCGGAUAUUGCCAUGAUCCCCGUCGACCGCUGUGUGCUGGACUUUGCAACCGAUCCAACCGAUUCCUUUGUAGGUUUGAUCACAAUGGAUGACCAGGACGAGAUGUCCUCCUCCGCAAGGGUGUGUGAGAUCGGAAGGCGCAAGCCUACAGAUGACGACUCCGAUCCUGAUGAUGCGGAGAGUGAUGAGGAGGAUGAAGAUGACGAAGGUGAGGAUGACUCAAUUUUGGAUGGGGAUGUGGAAGUUGAUGGUGACGAUAUGAGCAAUGAGGACGACAGUGCAAGCGACUUGGACGAUGAUGAGGGGGAUUUCCUGAUGGGUUUUGACGAUGGGAUGCUGGAGCUCGUGACUGAAGGCGACGACAGCGACAUUGUGGAAUCUUUUAGCAGCGGGGAUGAAGAUGAUUUAUAGAGUGAAAUACAGACAUCAGAUUUUGUAAUUAAUGUCUGUUAUCCAGAUUGUAGGGAAAGAAAUAGGCGUGUAUAACAUUAUGUGGGAAGAGUAUAAUCAAAUUUUGUCCCUUAUUUAAACAUUCAUUGAACUCGUUCCAGAUACUAGAAUUAUUCUUUUACAUUUUUUGUACACGAACAUGCUUCAUCAUGAGAGGUUUUCAUUUUUAGUUUCA